AUGGAUGCAAGGACAUGGUGGAACGGAAUCUGCUCUAAUACAAAACUCUCUUCAGAUGCUACUGAAAGGUCAUUUAGUGUUUAUUCUCACAUUCACAAUAAAAAAAGAAACCGAUUAACCAAUACUAGUGCCUCAAAACUACUUUUUGUUCAAGCUAAUACGAAUAAUAUUGAUUUCUUAAGUCCAGAUAAAAGUAACAAUAAAAUAAGUUCUAUCAGUUCUACCAAUUUAGUAUCAAAUAACCAUGUCCAGUCAGUAAGUAAGUUAGCAACAGAUAAAUAUCUGGAAAAUAUUGACAAGAGUGUAAUUGAAGAUGAUAGUGAAGACACAGAAGAAGAAAAUUAUGAUACGGAAGAUCUAGUCGAACCUGAUAACUGA